AUGGACUACGACCGGUACGACGCGCUCCUGCACUACAUCUUCAAGCAAACGCAAGGCGACGCCUGGUUCCGCCCCGACGCCGCCCCCGCCCCCGUACCCGCCCCCGCCCCCGCACCUACACCCCCCAUCGCGGGCGGCGUGUGCAUGCGCGACGACGCGGGCGCGUACCGCGUGUUCCCGUACGAGGACCGCAGGCUCGAGCCGUUCGAGCGCGCGGUGAGCGCGAUGGGCCUGCUCGUGGCCGUCAAGGUGCGCAGUGCCGCGGCGCACGCGGCCGUUGGUGAGGUGGGCCCGGACGAGAAGAGCGUGUACGUCGACGCGAACACCCGCAUCCAGAUCGUAGAGACGAUGAUGCUCCUCCCGCACGCCGACCGCGAACAAAAGGCCGCCUUCGUCCGCGACGAGCGCGUCCUCGUCGUCUGGUCCGACGCGCUCGACGCCAUCAUCCCCACCUGCUCCGACUUCGAAGAGCGCCUCAUCCGCCUCCUCUGGCGCGCCCGCCCGCCGACAAGCACCGCGGGCACCGCGCCCUCGCGCCCGCCGACCGCGUCCUACGCCGACUCGGCGCACAGCCCGACGCCCGCGCGCGUCCUCGCCGGCGGCGCGCUGGCGGACGAGCAGCACCUCGGCGUGGGCAUGGGCGUGGGCGUAGGCGCGGACGCGGACGUCGAGAGGCGCGUGCGCGGCGCGCGGCCGGUCGUCAGGCGCACGUGGUACGGGCGUCGGUACAUCAUCGCCGGGUCCGAUGCGGCGGAGGACGAGGGGGACGAGGAGCGGGAGAAGGAGAAGGACGCGGGGGUGGAGGGAGACGUGGACGCGCUGCGGGGGCCCGAGAGAAGGCCCGUGGUGAUGUAUGCGGCGGUCUACAACGGGCUCGCGGCGGGCCUGUCGGCUGUGUUUAUCGGGAACGGCGUCAAGAAUCUGAUCGUGGAGUGGAGGCAGGACGGGAGCUUCGUGCGGUUCGCGCUCGCGGCCGUGCUCCCGCUGCUCUUCUGCGUGUCCCUCUUUUUCUGCAUCCAGAUCGUGCAGAACGUGACCAUGGCGAUCGGCCCCAUCGCGCAGUACCACCGCAACUCCAAGUUCUACUCAGCCCGCAAGCCGCGCCCGAACGCGCGCGUCGACGACGCGCUGCCGCAUAUCACGAUACAGAUGCCCGUGUACAAGGAGGGCCUCGAGGGCGUCCUUGCGCCGUCGGUCGCGUCGCUCAAGAAGGCGAUGCAGACGUAUGCACGGCAGGGUGGCACCUCGAACAUCUUCGUCAACGACGACGGGCUGCAGCUCCUGGGCGACCGCGAGCGCAGCGCGCGCAUCGCGUUCUACGACGCGCACGGGAUCGGGUGGGUCGCGCGCCCGCCGCACGGCGGCGCCGGCGGCUUCGUGCGCGCGGGGCGGUUCAAGAAGGCGUCGAAUAUGAACUACGGGCUCGCGCUGUCGCGCAAGGCGGAGCAGCACCUGCUCGCGAUCCAGGCGCAGGAGCAGGAGCAAGCGCUGCGGGCGUCUGUCGCGAUGGAGGAGCGCGCGCUGAUGGCGGCGGUGGAGGAGGUGUACGAGGAGAGCGGGCGGCGGUGGCGCCCGUGGGCGAAGAACGGCCGCGCGUGUCGGCUGGGCGAGAUCAUAUUGCUGGUGGAUUCGGAUACGGUCGUUCCGGAGGACUGUCUAAGGGACGCGGCGCGGGAGAUGGCGGAGUGCCCGACGGUGGCGAUUAUUCAGCAUGAAUCUGACGUCAUACAGGUCGCGCAUCAUUAUUUCGAGAACGGCAUCGCGUAUUUCACGAAACGGAUCAACAAGUGCAUCUCCAUGACGUGCGCCAACGGCGAAGUCGCGCCAUUCGUCGGACACAACGCAUUCCUGCGCUGGAAGGCGAUCCAAGAUGCCGCGUUCGUCGACGCGGCCGACGGGCAGGAGAAGAUAUGGAGCGAGGCGCACGUGUCGGAGGACUUCGACAUGGCGCUGCGCCUGCAGAUGCGCGGGUUCAUCAUCCGGUGGGCGACGUACUCGAAAGGCGGGUUUAAGGAAGGCGUGUCGUUGACGGUCGACGACGAGCUCAAUCGGUGGCAAAAAUAUGCUUACGGUGCGGUAUUCAGGCUGCUCUUCAAUCCCUUUGUGCACUGGUGGCGACGCGGGCCGAUUGCGCACCAGAUCCAUAAAUUCCUGUGGUCUGAUGCGCCCUUGCAUUACAAGAUCUCGAUGAUGGCGUACAUGUUCUCCUACUACGGCCUCUCGGCCUCGGUGACGAUCGGCUUGAUUAACUAUGUGCUGCUUGGGUUCGAGUUCCCCGUCGACGGAUUUUACAUGCACAGUUUCGAGAUCUGGCUCGCGUCGAUCGUCGUCUUCUUCGGGUCGGGGAACGUCGGCUACACGUUGCUGGAGUACCGUCUGGGAGAGAAGAACCUCCUCGAGUCUUUCUUCACGAACCUGCUGUGGAUCCCGUUCUUCUUUUUCUUCUUCGGCGGGCUCGCGAUACCGCUGAGCCAGGCGAUGCUGGCGCACCUGUUCUCGUACGACAUCUCGUGGGGCGCGACGAAGAAGGAAGUCGAGCGCUCGAACUUCUUCAAGGAGGUCCCGAAGAUCAUGAAGCGGUUCUGGUUCCCGCUUCUCGUGACCAUUAUCCUCAUCUUCGCCAUGAUCAUCCUGUCGACGUCCCUCGUGCCGCUCGAGUGGCGCGUCGAUGGCUCGGGCUGGGCCGUGAUCUUCCCGCUUGCAAUCGCUUGUGGCUGCCAUGUCCUGUUCCCCAUCGUCUUGAACCCGUGGCUGAUGAUUUUCUCGUACUAA